AUGCUAGUUGUCAGUGCCACAUUCUUCGGUCCGAAUAGUGAAUAUGUGGUCAGUGGAAGCGAUGAUGGCUUCUUCUAUAUUUGGGAUCGUGAAUCUGAGGGUAUUGUGCAGUGGUUGCAUGCAGAUUCUGACGGUGCAGUCAACGUGAUCGAAUCCCAUCCAACUUUACCGGUCCUUGCCUCAGCCGGACUGGAUUUCGACUUCAAGGUUUGGACUCCGUUGCAUCCACUGUCAGAACCGGACGAUCUUUCCCACCUGAAGUACACAUUCAGUCGAGUGCCUCCGGAUAUUUUACGUCUUCGACGCUCCCGUUUGGCCCAUGCACUAUUCCCGACCAAUCGGUCGAACGGCAGUCGAGUGGUUUCGGAAGAUGUACCAACCACAGCGUCUGAGUUAAACGAGGUGAAUUCCAAUGUCACUCGUCAGACUACCUCUGUCCAACCAUCUGCCGACACCCUCAUUGAAAACGGAGCUUGCGCGUCAAAGGUGAUCGGAGAAUCCGGUUCGUCAUUGGUCGUCGAGCCUCCGGUGGUUGCUUCGCCGCAACAGACCUUGCGCAAACGGCGCCGGUAUCAUUCUUCCACCAGUGAUGUACCUGAUAUGCCUGAAGAAAACCGUAGCCGGGAUUCAGAGAUAGGAAUGCGAUUGGAAGUUCAUAGCGAUAGUGGAGAUUGUGAUGGCCUUAGUCCUCGUUCAUCAGGUUCUCGCCAUUUCCGGCGACCCCGAAGACGACGUCGUUUCAGUCCGACAGCCGAUCGAAAUACGUCUGAAUGUAUGGAAGUUAAAUUGGAAGCUAGUUCGAAUCCUGUCGAACCAAUUUCAUCAACACAUAGCGUUGAGAAACGCGAGAGUAGUACCGUACAACCUCGUCUUCCUCAAUACUUGCUGCCUUUCAACCAGCGAGAUUUAGAAUUGCGCGUUGCUCAAAAUUGGGUCAACCGUACAUGUGAACUGAGGCAGAUGGACAGUUUGGAUGAAGUUGAUUCCCGGAUUAUGUCGGCUCUGGAGACAGUGGCCCAGUUGCAUGCUCGGGAAAGUCGUCCGGAGAACGAUUCGCAUGAAUCCGAUGAAUCCAGUGAUACAAACGGAUCGACCGACGAUUCCGGCAUUAUGGGCUCUUUUCUUCUCAUUCGGCGUCCGAACUGUCCGACUGAGCAUAGUGAAGAGACUCUGACUACCCGAGAUCGUAGUGAACAAGCUAUGGACAAUGCAAAUUCAGACAAUGGGUCUUGGACCACAUACGACAGUACCCAGAGUACAGAAUCAAGUCAGGAUUCAUUAGCCAGUCACACCUCGACCUCUUCCUCGUCGACUAGUACAAUUUCUUCGGGAUCCGGAGUGACUGCUGUCGCGGCCUCCACACUUUCACUCUUGUCUCCAAUCUCCAAUGGCAGUGAGCUUUCAAAUUCGCACUACUCUGGCCUGGAUAAUACCCAACCUGACUGUAUUACUGCUAGCGAUGUUGGCGGUGAUACAACUGCAGACGGCGAGUUGCCGAUUGCUGAGUCGUCCGAUUACUCUCAAAUCAAUAAUCCCGCGGCCUCAGAUUGA